UUCCCCACCACAUCAGAGAACAUCCCAUCUCGCCUUAUCCUUUACUCUCACUCCAUGGUCAGGCACUGAGGGAAUGAAGUCACAGUGUAUUUCAGGCUCCCUCUCCCCACCCAGCCAGUGUCAUGUCCCCCCUCCUCACCCUCCUAUAGAAUUCCUUCCAUGUGUUCGGAGAGGACUGGGAAGCCGGUUGUGGGACAGAUUGUUCUCCCCCAGCUCCGUAGUCCAGUCUCAGGUAAGCAGGUAUGGCAGUGCAGUGGUGCCUAGCUCUGGCCCAGAGGUGGCCUGGGUGAUUAGAUUGAUGCUUCCUGACGUCAGAUGAGAUCCGUUAAAAGGUAUUUAUCUCAGGAUUGGGCCAAAGCUGCAGGAGAGAUUAAAAGAGAUUGAGGCCAAGAUAAUCCUCCACAGCAGCAUCCUGCAAAAGCAACUGCCAAAAGGCCUUCAAGCAAAUGCUUUUGCCAGCCUACCCAAUGCCAUGCCCCGUCCCACCUCUGCAUCCCCCUGAGGCCCUGAUCCCGGCCCUGAUCCCAGCCCUGUCCCCACGCAUGAGGGUUUCUGCCAGGGGGUAGCCAGGAUACCAUCAGAUGCACAGGCCCUUCAGCCCCUGCCUGUCAAGUUGUGACCUGACCUCUGUGUGACCAGGCAGUGGGAGAGGCUAUCCCUUAGGAAGCGGUUGGAAUUCAGUGCCUGGCACAACCCCCAUCUGAUGAUCCUAGCUCCUUCUGUCUACUCUUCAACUUACUAGUUUGUUACUACCACAAGCAAAGGGAGUCAAAUCUGUGUGAUGUUUUCCCUUCAAAAGCAGCGCACUACUCUCGCCUGUCCCUCCAUCCCCUCCCUAUCCACCUGCUUUGCAUUAAGUCCCAAUCCGAUUUCCCCAACUCUCUGGUGUCUGAUUUAAUUUGCCUGAUGCUGCUCCUGGAAUCAGCCCUCCCCAACCCACGCCCUCCCCCCACACAGCCUCCCAGCUCCCUAUGGGGAGAUCAGUCCUGGGAGAGGCUGAUACACCAAGAGUGAGGGAGAGACGCAGCGUGUGUGGACGGCUGGCACAGCAACGAGAAGAACUGAGGGGGACAGCAGCGUGACCAGGGCUCCCAUCCUGAGGGGAGCUAAACCCCCAGGAGACCAAGGGAGUGCCUACCAGGAGGGGACAGCGGCCACCACAGCCCACGCACGGACUCAGGCUUCCCCGAGUGGAGGACUCAUUGCUAGGCGGCCGAGAUGGGGGAAAUGGAACAGAUGAGGCAGGAGGCCGAGCAGCUGAAGAAGCAGAUUGCGGAUGCCCGGAAGGCCUGUGCUGACACCACACUGGCUCAGAUUGUGUCCGGGGUGGAGCUAGUUGGACGCAUUCAGAUGCGUACGCGGAGGACCCUGCGUGGGCACCUGGCCAAGAUCUACGCCAUGCACUGGUCCACAGACUCGAAACUCCUGGUCAGUGCCUCGCAAGAUGGGAAACUGAUCGUGUGGGACACUUACACAACCAAUAAGGUUCAUGCCAUCCCUCUCCGUUCUUCCUGGGUCAUGACCUGUGCCUAUGCCCCCUCAGGGAAUUUUGUGGCCUGUGGAGGUCUCGACAACAUGUGCUCUAUCUACAACCUCAAGACUCGUGAAGGCAACGUCAAAGUGAGCAGGGAGCUCUCGGCCCACACAGGUUACCUCUCCUGCUGCCGAUUCCUGGAUGACAAUAGUAUUGUGACAAGCUCCGGAGACACCACUUGCGCGCUCUGGGAUAUUGAAACGGGCCAGCAGAAGACUGUGUUUCUGGGUCACACUGGAGACUGCAUGAGCCUGGCUGUCUCCCCAGACUUCAAACUGUUUAUCUCCGGGGCCUGUGACGCCACUGCCAAGCUGUGGGAUGUGCGGGAGGGAACUUGCCGUCAGACGUUCACAGGCCAUGAAUCGGACAUCAAUGCCAUCUGUUUCUUCCCCAACGGUGAGGCCAUCUGCACCGGGUCAGAUGAUGCCACCUGCCGCCUCUUUGAUCUGCGGGCGGAUCAGGAGCUCAUUGUCUAUUCCCACGAGAGCAUCAUCUGUGGAAUCACCUCAGUCGCCUUCUCCCGUAGCGGGCGUCUCAUGCUGGCUGGAUAUGACGACUUCAAUUGCAACAUCUGGGACUCCCUGAAGGCAGAGCGUGUGGGGAUCCUCUCCGGUCAUGACAACAGGGUGAGCUGCCUGGGGGUGACAGCAGAUGGCAUGGCUGUGGCUACCGGCUCCUGGGACAGCUUCCUCAAGAUUUGGAACUGAAGAGGAGGGGGGGGGGAGAGAUUGGGAGAAGGGAGUCCACUCUAAAGCCAUUGUUAAUCAGGCACAAUUGGUGCAUUAGUCACAAGCAUGUUUCCCUCUGAGUCACUUAUAGGGGGCUUCCUAGCCUGCAGGAGAGGUCUAGGAAAAAAGAGUUCUCUGUUAGCUGCUCCCCUCAACCCACACCCUAAAUAUGACCUAAGGCUUUCAGCCUGGGACCAGCUGUAGGUUCCCACACAAGUGAGGCUGUUGCACAAGCUUUAGGACCUUGAAGUGCAUACCUAGUGACCCCCCUCGCCCCAUUCUCUACCACCUUCUCUCUGACUUCCCACACCCAUCUUAUCUCUGCAUUAACUUCCAGGCAGCCAUCCCUCUGAACUCACCCACAUAGCAGAAAGACAAUUCCACUCCCUACAAAAGACCUUCAUCUCCAGGUGGGGCCCACUACAUGACUGCAACCAAUUCUCCAUAUGCACUUUCCUGUCCUCCUCAGGAGAGACACCGUCCUCCCUGUGCACAAGGUUAGAGAGGUGAGAUGUUAGCCAGCCAGGACUCUGCAUCAACCUUUGCUAAGAGGAGCUAAUUUCUGUGGGAUUCCUUCCCCUUCAGUUAGCUCGGUUUUAAUCUAUGCAUCAAAUGGAGGAAGGAGAACACUGCCCCAGCUAGGGCAUUAGGGACAAGGAAAUAUUAAUUUAUUUUUAUCAUAUGCCUAUAGCUGUCCCCUUCCCUUCCCCCACAUGUGCUGUGUAUUGCUUUUGCCCUGGCAUUAGCAUGUAGGCUACUUCAGCCCCCGCUUUCAAGAUAUAACUAUCAUACAGGAGUUUCAUAGCUCAGACAAAAUAAAGAGAUCAAAUGUGUGCUGCAUCAUUUGAGGUAGACACUGGAGCAUGCCACUGCAAAUGAUGCUUGGGAACACAGGGGAUAGUCAUCUGGGAACUCCUACAGGUCUACUGCACUCAGCUCUAGUCCAUCACUUCCAGAGGCAGCUCCCAGGGAAAGGAGAAGAAAUGGGCCUCCCUCUCUUCGUGCCCUAUGCAGCCUCCUCUUACUCCCAUCAUAUGCCUAAACGCUUGGCUGCUUUAAGACCAAAACAGACUGUGAAGAGCUUCAAAAAAUAUCUCACCAAAC